AUGAUACCAUUCCUGUCUGAACUACAUCUCAGUCUCUCACGUACUGUACCAAUACAGUAUCACUGGAUACAACCACUCACUGCAUCACUGAUGGAAUCAAUUACCAAUAAUCAUAAAAGGUUUCCUGUUUCAUUUGAUGGUCUAGUAUUUUAUGUCAAUGAUGAUACGUCAAGGUCGUUCCUAGGUCUACAUGUACAGGAAGGCCAUCAAGAGUUAUGUUCUAUAGUUGAUGAUAUAGACAGGAUAUUUGAGAAAUUUAAACUACCGAAAUUCUACACAGAGAGAUCAUUCCAUGUGUCACUGUACUGGGCACUGGGUAACAUAUUGCCUUCAAUAAACCAAGAACUGGAGGCUAAAUUAAAGUUGUUGUGGAAAGAAUGUCUACUAGAGAAUGACUUUACAGAAGAACUAACUGUCAAUGUAUCAUCCAUUAGUUGUAAAUGUGGAAAUAAACAAUUCACAUUCAAUCUAACAUAAAAUCACAUGUCCAAUGUUGUUUUUAAAAGUAAAAGUGGUUAAAUCAUUCAAUUAGUCAGAUUCCAAGGAAUAGGUUUAUAUACCUGUGGGGAAUUCUAAACAUUCAAGGAGUGUACACACACAAUCACCAGUCAUAACUGAGCCACUUGCUGCAGUGGUGUACCUGAAG